UGCCGAUCACUCUCCAUUGCAAACAUGGAGUUUAAACUACUGUUAUUUGUUUUACUUGUAGCCGCAACAGCUUGCGCUGAACCGAAAAGCUAUGAAGGCUAUAAAGUUUAUAAAGUUGUUCCCAAAACAGCCGAUGAAGUGGAAAGUCUGCUCAAAGUGAAAAUAAGUGGUGUAUCAGAGUUUUGGGAUGAGAGUGUUGAUGUAAACCAAAUUGUAAAGAUCAUGGUGUCGCCAGCACAUGAAGCGGAGUUUAUUGAAAUUCUAGAAAGAGAUAAUAUUGAAGCGACGUUAGUGAUUGACGAUGUGCAAAGAGCCAUCGACGACCAGAUAAUUCCGGUCUCCAGACGUAAAGGAAGCGGUAGCAGCAGUGGUAGACCCAGUGGUGGUAGUAGUGUAAGUGGUAGACCAGGGUCUACAAGCAGCAGCAGCAGCAGUGGUACAGGAACCACCGGCAGCAAUGGCUUUUUAACCUAUUACGCUUUGACAUCUGGAAGUCGUCGUAACAGAAGAACGUAUCAACGUAAUGCCGAUACAUUAUUCUCAUUCACAUGGGACAGAUACCACACAUUAGAUACCAUAUAUUCCUGGCUCGAUGAAUUAGCAGAGGCUUUCCCAAAUAUUGUGAAAACAGUAGUCAUGCCUGGUCAAAGCGUAGAAGGCAGAGAGAUCAAAGGAAUCAUCAUUGAUUACCACCCAGAGAGAACGGAGAAGAAAAUUGGUAUGUUUGAGGGUGGGCUUCAUGCAAGAGAGUGGAUUUCACCAGCAACUGUUACAUGGAUAAUUAAAGAGUUUUUGGUGAGCGAUGAUCCUGAAGUUGUAGCUUUGGCUACCAGUUUCGAAUGGCAUAUCUUCCCUGUUGUCAACCCUGAUGGAUACUCUUAUACUUUUACAGACCGAAGACUGUGGAGAAAGAACCGUAGCAGAGUUAAUUUCACGUCCUGUGCAGCGUCCGGUGUUGAGGAUGACUUGAGCAACGGCGUGGAUCUCAAUAGAAACUUCGAGUUUGAAUGGAACACGGCGGGAACAUCAGAGGAUCCCUGUUCUAACCUUUUUCCGGGGCCAUCACCAGCAUCAGAGCCUGAGACUCAAGCCAUACAACAAUAUGUCCUGAAUCUAAGGCAGCAAGGAGAGAUCAUUUACUACAUUGCAUUCCAUUCCUAUACUCAGUUGAUCGUCGUACCGUACAGUCAUCUGGAUUCGAACUCGGUGUUGCAGAUUCCAGAUUAUGCUAACAUGUUUGAAAUAGCUGCGAGAGCGGCUGACGCACUAGCAAGCAGGAACGGCACUACAUACAGAGUUGGUCUUUCAGUGGACGUUAUGUAUUUGAUGAGCGGUACGAGUUUUGACUGGGUUAAGAGCACCGGUGUUCCAGUAUCUUACCUAAUAGAACUUCGAGAUGUGGGCGAAUAUGGUUUCCUGUUACCGGCAGAACAAAUAAUCCCGAACAAUCUAGAAAUCAUGGAUGCUUUACUUGAGAUGGACAGAGCGACUAGAGAUCUAAAUAUUUACACGCGGGAGUCUUCUGCGGGAACCGUUGUGACGUCAAUGCUUUUGGUGGCAUUUGGUGUUAUAAUCACCGUCUAUUGAAAGGACUUUUGAGAUAGAAACCUGUAU